AAGAUGUCUCGCGAUAGUACACGCAUCUCAUUCGAGCUAAACUGGAGGGAUUUCUGGAGUGUGCAGCUGCAGGUCUGUGUGCAGCUAACACGCUAGCAGAGCAAAGAUAACUUAUCUUCUACCAACCUGCUCCUCUUCACAAACAAGUCAGCUCUGAGCGACUCUCAAAAUGGAUUUAGAAGAUGACACCACUGUGUUAACAACUUUGAAGUCCUUCAAUUCCUUCAUCAGCCACACUGAACCUCCACAGAGGCUGUCGGAGCACACAGCGGGGAGCAGCCUGCAGAGUCAGUACAAGCGCAGCAUGGAGUUGCUGGAAGCAGCAGAUAGAGUUCACUCCAAGAACCGUUACCUUCAGUUGGACCAGGAGAAGAAGCAGAUGGAGCUGAGUCACAAGCGUGCUCGAUUUGAACUCGAGAAGGUGGCUUCUGACAGCGCACGAGACUUGGAGCAUGAGGUUGACCGGAACCAGGAUCUGUUGGGGCGAAUCAAAAAGUUGGAGGAGAGAGAGACUGAGGCAGCCAAGAACCUAUCAGAGCAGGUGGAGGUAAACCGUGCACACCGUAAGAACCUGGAGGGCCUGAACAGGAAACUUGAAGAGCGAGAUACUAGAUUGAGCACUGCAAACCAGUCUAUCAGCUCUUUGAAGGAUGAGAUCAGAGGGCUGAAGCAGAAGAUUAUAAACCAAGACUCGACAAUUUCUUCUCAAACCCUGGAAAACCAGGAACUGCAGGAACAGUUAGAUUUACAACGCAGGAAGUAUCAGGAAGUCUCUCAGCUUUGCCAAACUCUUCAAGCUGCCCAGUCCUCCUGGUCCGAUUACACUCAGAUUAGGGAGUUGGAGAGGCGUCUCGCCCUGCAGGAGCAAGACAUCGCCAUCGUCAAGACUGUUAAGUCAGAGGUGGCCAAGGUUCCAGACCUGGAGAAGGAGUUGAAGCGCCUCCGAGAGGAUAAUGCCUUUCUCAGGGAGAGCAGGGAGAAUUGCAGCCUGUUGAAAGAGGAGGUGGAGGGACUGAGGAGGAAGCUGGAGAGGAUGGAGAAAACCAAAGAAGAGCUGGUCAAUUUGGAACUGGAAAAGGAGAGAUUGACAGAGAAGCUCCAAGCCUGGGAAAAUCUGGGUCAAUCUACUGGACUCAACAUAAGGAAACCAGAGGAUCUGUCCAGGGAGGUGAUUCAGAUCCAGCAGAGAGAAAUUGCUCUGAAAGAGCAGAACUACACUCUGAACAGCCGUGUGAGGAGUGUGGAGCAUUCCCAGUCGGAGCUCCGCGCAGAGCUUUCCCAGCAGCGCAGCAAAACUCUGGAGGAGCAGAAGAAGAGGGAGACGCAGGACGCUCUUGUCCGCCGGCUACAGAAGAGAGUGCUGUUAUUAACCAAGGAGCGCGAUGGAAUGCGUGCCAUACUUGAAUCCUAUGACAGCGAGCUGGCACCCACCGAGUACUCUCCUCAACUCAACAAACGUCUCCGAGAGGCAGAGGACGUGCUGCAGAAGACACAGAACCACAAUGCAGAGAUGGAGGGCCAGCUGACCAAAGCGCAGGAAGAGACGGGGGCUCUGAAACUACAGCUGCAAACAGUGGAGCUGGAGCUGGAGUCUCUGAAGAAGCAGCAGGCCUCUUCUGCUGACAGCAACCCGUCGGGAACCAAAGAAGAGGUCAGCAUACUCAGACAGAAAAUUGAAGAUUUAGAGGCGGAGCGGCAGCAAUUGGAGGAGCAGAACAACAUUCUGGAGAUGAGACUGGAGAGACACAACCUACAGGGAGAUUACGAUCCCGUCAAAACCCGGGUUCUCCACUUCAAAAUGAACCCUACCUCUGUGGCCAAGCAACAGCGCCAGCAGGAUGUUGAGGCUCUUCAGGAGGAAGUGACACAUCUCAGGGAACUGGUCCGCUCGUUGCAGGACGGCGGCGCUUCGGUCCAUUUGCAGGACGACUCCGGCAUGCACGCCUCGGGCCUCGGCCUCAGCCUGCCGCCGUCCAAGGAGGUGCUGGAUCUACGUAAACAGAUGGAGAGCUCAGAGCUCAGGAACCAGCGGCUGAAGGAGGUGUUUCAGAGGAAAAUCCAAGAGUUCCGCACAGUCUGCUACGUCCUGACCGGCUACCAGAUCGACAUCACCACUGAGAACCAGUACAGGCUCACCUCGGUCUAUGCAGAGCACAUGGACGACUCCCUGCUCUUCAAAAAGGGCUCCAAUGGAAGCAUGCAGCUCAUGGAGACGGAGUUUUCUAAAACUCUGGGAGAGAUGGUGGCCCUUCACCUGCAUCACCAGAAGAGCAUCCCGGCUUUCCUCUCAGCCGUGACCCUCGACCUCUUCAGCCGACAAACCACCAUCUGAAGUAACAAACUUAGAUAGAUAGAAGCGUCAGAUAUCAACUUGGAUUUGUUUUUCCUGUGAUUCCUGUGUUUUUGCGCUCUCUUUCUUGACUUUUUUUUCUCUCAGGAGUUUUCUCAACACCUUUUAAUAUAUGAAUAGUACAGUCAGUGCUGUGUUGUGGCAGAUGAACACCUUGUUUGAUGAAAUACUUCCAUCUCGUAUUCAAAAGAGCUAAGGAAGCAACUCAGUAUUCCUCAUUGUACACUGAAUAUUUCAUCAGUGAAACUGUGCAUUUUUUUCUUAACAGGAUAAAGUUGUCAUGAAAAUAACACAUAAAAGCCUCCGAUGUUUGGAUUUGGAGCGUGCUUUUCACAAAUUCAGUCCACACCUAGAUAAGUACACGCAGUAUAGAGAAACCUUUAUGUGGUUAACUUGAUGCCUUUGGUGAGGUCUUUACCACGGCGAGUCUUGAGUCUCUUUAGGGUCUCUUGGGUCUGUUCUGGCUUUUGUGUCCUCUCUCUUGUUAUUCACAAAAGUUUUGCACCAGUGGUUUGUGGUUAAAACGACACCAAGCCAAUCCAGUUUAAAUGCAAGAUCUGUGGCUUCAUUCUUUUACCUUCCUUUUUCUCAUUUGAGUCGUGGAAUAUAUAUAUAUAUAUAUAUAUAUAUAUAUAUAAAUGUUUUCAUCAGAGUCUAGUUUAGUCCUUCUUUUUUUUUGUUUAAGGGACAGUUUGGAUGUUUUUGAAGUGGUUAGAUUAGAUCAUACUUUAUUGAGCCCACAAUGGGGGAAAUGAAUGCGUCAUAGAAGCAAAAACAGAAGCAAAAGGUCUGAGUAUACAGUCAUGAAAAAAUUAUUAGACCACCCUUGUUUACUUCAAUUUCUUGUUCAUUUUAAUGCCUGGUACAACUUAAGGUACAUUUGUUUGGACAAAUAUAAUGAUAACAACAAAAAUAGCUCAUAAGAGUUUAAUUUAAGAGCUGAUAUCUAGACAUUGUCCAUGGUUUUAUUAAUAAUAACCCAAAUCAUUAUCAAGAAAACCAUGGAAAAUGUCUAGAUAUCAGCUCUAAGAUUAAAAUGAACAAGAAAUUGAAGAAAACGAUGGUCUAAUACUUUUUUCCAUGACCAUAAAUUACAGAAAAAAUAAAAUGAAUAAAAAGGGCAAACACAACAAACAGACAGGAAUGUUCUUAAGUGGGGUGUAUGAGGCACUUUUCCAUUGUCGGUGUAGUACAGCGAACCUCCAAUUUGGAGCAGGCAGGAGCAGCAACACAGUUGCUAAAAGAUGUAUUAAACAUAUUUUAGCCACCUAAAAAAAAGGCCCUACAUUGUUUCACUUCAAACUGGAGGCAUGCUGACUCUACUGUAGCCACUUCAAAAAAAAUCCAAUGUAUCCUUUUAAUUUUAAUCAUGAACUAAAAUAGUAAACUAAUGAUUUGUUUGAAUUGUAGAUGAAGUCUAAACUCAAGUGUCCUGUACUUAACCCUCUCUGCUUCUUUCUGUCAGAAGAGGCAAUAAGAGCGGAGGUGGUGAUAUAAAAAAAAUAGAUGAAAACACAGACAAAAGACUCAGCCUUGCCUCUACCAAACCAUUUGAGCGAUAAAAGACAUUUAACAUAUUAGGAGAUGGCAAACAGCCCUUAGUGCCUCCCAAUUAAAAUGCAACUGCUUCACUCUGAAGGCACAGAAAUGUGUCAUUUUUACAAUCUAAUGCUAGUUAUUUUUCUUUUAACCUCUUUUAUUUUUCUUUAAAUUUUUCUCACAGAAACCAUAUUAUUCAUCACAGGGUAUCUUUUCUAUCCUCACAUGUUUCAUACACACCUGUAACUGUAUCAGAUCAGCAGGGAUGCUUUCAUGUAAAUGUAAACAUUUGAUAGAAAUCUCUGAAACUCAAUAAAAAUGCAUUUAUUUUUGCUUACAGUUGUAACCUUUAUAACUCAUAAAAAAUACGUCUUUGGGUAUGAUUUGAUUUGAUUUGAAUGAACUAUGAUUUCCUCCCGUUUCUGAAUUUAGUUAACGACCGAGUCUGUGUGUGUGUCGGCGCGAGUAUGAACACGAGAUAAGACGAGGGAAAUUUCUCUGCAGCAAUAAAGAGAAAUGGCAGAAAUAAACAUGGGGUGAAGAGGAAGCAAGGGAGCAAUCCAAUAAAACUGAGAAACAAAAGGAAGUGAGCUGAGAAUAAAGCCACUUAUCACAGCAACAAUAUAAGAACUCCAGCUGGUGCAGCCAUAUGUCUCAAGAGAAAACAUAUUCUCCUGUACAGUACAUGCCACAUACUGUCCUUGUUUUUCUCUUUCGUUGUUUUUUUUCGCACACUUAUCAUUUUCACAACACAGCACAUCUUCUGCACACCCCGCAGCUCUCACCUAGAGGUAAUAUUUUAGAGGGUUUCUUAUGAGCUAUGCAAUACAUACAGUAUAGUGGUGCAGCACAUUCUCAGUCAGGCAGCGUGUUGUUCUGAGGCUUUAUCUCUUUUGUCCACAUCCAGUAAAAUGACUGACUUACUGUUUUAAAUAUGUAAUGCAAAUGUAAUCAAUAAAGCAUAUCUUUGACUGUUUAAAAUUU